AUGUGUGGAGUGUAUGAGAUUGGAAUGCGUGAGUGUGGACGCAAACAAUUUACCAAACAUCAUGACAGUCUGGUUCAUCUUCCUAGACCCAUUCCUAGACCACUUCCUAGACCACUUCCUAGACCACUUCCUAGACCCAUUCCUAGACCACUUCCUAGACCACUUCCUAGACCACUUCCUAGACCACUUCCAAAACCACUUCCUAGACCACUUCCUAGACCACUUCCUAGACCACCUCCUAGACCACUUCCUAGACCACUUCCUAGACCACUUCCUAGACCACUUCCUAGACCACCUCCUAGACCACUUCCUAGACCACUUCCAAAACCACUUCCAAAACCACUUCCUAGACCACUUCCUAGACCACUUCCUAGACCACUUCCUAGACCACCUCCUAGACCACUUCCUAGACCACUUCCUAGACCACUUCCAAAACCACUUCCUAGACCACUUCCUAGACCACUUCCUAGACCACUUCCUAGACCACCUCCUAGACCACUUCCUAGACCACUUCCUAGACCACUUCCUAGACCACCUCCUAGACCACUUCCUAGACUACUUCCUAGACCACUUCCUAGACCACUUCCUAGACCACUUCCUAGACCACCUCCUAGACCACUUCCUAGACCACUUCCAAAACUACUUCCUAGACCACUUCCUAGACCACUUCCUAGACCACUUCCUAGACCACCUCCUAGACCACUUCCUAGACCACUUCCUAGACCACUUCCAAAACCACUUCCUAGACCACUUCCUAGACCCAUUCCUAGACCACUUCUUAGACCACAGUCUAGACCACUUCCUAGACCACUUCCAAAACCACUUCCUAGACCACUUCCUAGACCACUUCCAAAACCACUUCCUAGACCACUUCCUAGACCACUUCCUAGACCACCUCCUGGACCACUUCCUAGACCACUUCCAAAACCACUUCCUAGACCCAUUCCUAGACCACUUCCAAAACCACUUCCUAGACCCAUUCCUAGACCACUUCCUAGACCACAGUCUAGACCACUUCCUAGACCACUUCCUAGACCCAUUCCUAGACCACUUCCUAGACCACUUCCUAGACCACUUCCUAGACCACUUCCAAAACCACUUCCUAGACCACUUCCUAGACCACAGUCUAGACCACUUCGAAAACCACUUCCUAGACCACUUCCUAGACCACAGUCUAGACCACUUCCUAGACCACAGUCUAGACCACUUCCUAGACCACUUCCUAGACCACAGUCUAGACCACUUCCUAGACCACAGUCUAGACCACUUCCUAGACCCAUUCCUAGACCACUUCCUAGACCACAGUCUAGACCACUUCCUAGACCACAGUCUAGACCACUUCCAAAACCACUUCCUAGACCACUUCCUAGACCACUUCCAAAACCACUUCCUAGACCCAUUCCUAGACCACAGUCUAGACCACUUCCUAGACCACAGUCUAGACCACUUCCUAGACCACAGUCUAGACCACUUCCUAGACCCAUUCCUAGACCACUUCUUAGACCACAGUCUAGACCACUUCCUAGACCACAGUCUAGACCACUUCCUAGACCACAGUCUAGACCACUUCCUAGACCCAUUCCUAGACCACUUCUUAGACCACAGUCUAGACCACUUCCUAGACAACUUCCUAGACCACUCACCUUUUUAUUAGAGACUCAUCCAUGGCGGAAAAAGUAUAAACAACUUACUUCUUAG